UAUUAAACAGUAAUUUAAAAAGUAAUUCAAAUACAUAUGUAGUCUGUCUUUUAAAUACCGGUUAUAUCAUACGUAAAUGAUUUAUAAUUUAAAAUAUAAUAUAAAAUGAAGAUAAAAUGGUUAUCAAAUUUUAUAUUAGCCGGUAUUAUUAGAUUUUUAUUAAUGAAUUCUGAAUAUCAAAAAAUCAUUAGUGAUCGUGUGGAAGUUUCUACUGCAUUGAAUUCUUGGAAGAGAGUAACUGAAGGAGUCUAUUUAUAUAACUUUGGCAUUGAUCCUUAUACAGGAGAUUUAUUUCAUGAAACACCCAUUGGAUUAUAUGUUUUUAAUUUCAUACAACAACAUUUACCACAGUCAAUAUUAUUUUGUUUAUUUGUGUUCACUGAUUUAUUAACAGCAUUAUUUCUUGGACUUACAGCAAAACAAUAUGCGACUGAAUUGGUUUUUAAAAAAAAGGAAAAAGAAAAAUUAUGUAAUGAAAAGACAGAAAGCCAUAAUAAUGCUUCAAUAGUAUAUACUUCAAUAAUGUAUGUCUCAGCAGGAUAUUUAUUUAAUCCAUACAUAAUACUUAAUUGUGUAGGACAUACAACAACAGUAUUUACAAAUUUAUUAUAUUCCAUAGCAUUAAUUUCAAUGACAAAAUCUUCUAUAUUUUGGAGUUGUUUAUCAAUUUCUUUAUUAACAUUACAAGGAUUUUAUCCUAUUUCACUCAUAGUACCAGCAAUUAUUUAUAUUGCUCGUUCUGAUAGUAUAAAACAAAAAAGGAAUAUUCUUAAUUUUAUUAUAGUAUUUAUAAGCAUAUUAUUUGGUCUAUUUUAUAUUUGCUAUUAUAUUAUGGGAAAUUGGUCAUUUAUUUGGAAUACAUUUGGCUUUAUUUUAACAGUUCCUGAUUUACGUCCAAAUAUUGGACUGUAUUGGUACUUUUUUACAGAAGUAUUUGAGCACUUUAGAUGGCUUUUCAUUGCUUCUUUUCAAAUAAAUGUUAGUUUAUUAUAUAUAGUACCAUUAGCAUUGAGGUUACGACAUGAUCCAAUGUUACUAGCAUUUUCUUACUUAGCAGUUAUUGCUAUAUUUAAAUCAUAUCCUUGUAUAGGAGAUGUUGGAUUUUAUAUGUCACUUUUACCUCUUUGGAAACAUUUAUUUCAAUAUACACAACAAGGAUUUAUUGUAGGUUGUUUUAUGCUAUUUUGCACAAUUUUUGCACCUACUGUUUGGUAUCAAUGGAUUUAUUCCAGAUCAGCUAAUGCAAAUUUUUAUUUUGGAGUUACAUUAGCAUUUGCUAUAGCACAAAUUUUUUUAGUAACAGAUAUUCUUUUCGCAAGUGUAAAACAUGAAUUUGCUGUGCGUCAUGGUAUUAAUAAGGACGUUAAUGGAAGUAAUACAAAGCUUCUUUUAGAAUAAAAUUGUAUUUUAAAAAAUUUGAUAUUAAAAUUAUUAAUUGAAAUUUUAAA